AUGGAUCUGGUCAGCGGGCCGCUACUCGUCAAGAAGCCGGUUCCCCUGCGCAGCAGCUCGGUGUCGGUGUUGAUCCGAGGCUUCGUGGCUGACGUGGGCUGCGAGCUGCUCUACAGGAACAAGGAGCCGGGGCCCGUGGAGGCCGUGUUCAAGUUCCCCGUGGAUGCCGAGGCAGCUGUCUACGCCUUCCAGGCCCGUCUGGGGGGGGCCUGCAUCCAGGCCCAGCUCCACGAGAAGAAACAGGCACAGGAGCUGUAUGGGGACGCGCUGGCCGGGGGGCAGAGCUCGUUCCUGCUGCAGCAGGAGGGGGCCGGGGGCGAUGUGUUCAGCUGCUCCCUGGGGAAUCUGCCCCCCGGGGAGGAGGCGGUGCUGACCCUGCGCUAUGUCUGCGAGCUGCCGCUGGAGCCUGACGGGGCCGCCCGCUACGUGCUGCCGACCGUGCUGCGCCCCCGCUACACGCCCCGCGGGUGGGACGGGGAGGACGUCACCCAGGUGGUCCCGCGGGUCCCCCAGGGGAAGCUGCCCUACACCCUGAGCCUGAGCGCCACGCUGCAGUCGCCCCACGGCAUCGACCGCGUGCUCUCCAACUGCCCCCUCACCCCCCUGAGCUAUACGGCCGGGAACCGAACCACUGCCCAGGUGUCGCUGGCCCAGGCCCCCCCGUGGGACCGGGACGUGGAGCUACUCGUCUAUUACGUGGAGCCACACAAACCCAGCGCGGUGCUGGAGGCCGGGCUGCCUGGAGCCAAGCCAGGUUCCCUGAUGGGCGACCCGGCCGUGAUGGUGACCCUGCUGCCCAGCGUGCCCGAGGCGGUGCCGGCCCUGAGCCGGGCCGGGGAGUUCAUCCUCCUGCUGGACCGCUCCGGCAGCAUGGCGCACCCCAUGGACGGCAGAGACCUCUCCCGCCAGCGCAUCAACAGCGCCAAGGAGACCCUGUUCCUGCUGUUGAAGAGUUUGCCCCUGGGCUGUUAUUUCAACAUCUACGGCUUUGGGUCUGAGUUCGAGUCCUUCUACCCGCAGAGCGUGGAAUAUACCCAGCAGACCAUGGCCGAGUCCCUGCAGCGCAUCCAGCUGCUCCAGGCUAACCUGGGGGGCACCAAAAUCUUGGAGCCACUACGAGCCAUUUACCGCAGCCCCUGCCGGGACGGGCACCCACGCCAGCUGUUCGUGUUUACGGAUGGGGAGGUAGAGAACACCCAGGAUGUCAUCGCAGAGGUGCAGCGUCACCGGGGGACCCACAGGUGCUUCUCCUUCGGCAUCGGGGCCGGGGCCUCCACAGCUCUGAUCAAAGGCAUCGCCCGGGCAGCAGAGGGCAGCGCCGAGUUCAUCACUAGCCAGGACCGCAUGCAGCCCAAGGUGCUGCAGUCUCUGAAGCGGGCCCUGCAGCCGGUGGUGACCGGGAUCUCGCUGAGCUGGGAUCUGCCCCCCGGGAUGCAGGCAGAGCUGCUGCGUCGUGGCCCCGAGGUGAUCUUCGGUGGGCAGCGGUGUAUCGUCUACGCCCAGCUCUGCGGGCAGCCCCAGCCCGCAGACACUCCCAUGGGGGGUGUCACCCUGCAGUACCGCAUCCAGGACCAGACCUACAAGGAGACGCUACAGUUCCCCCUGCAGCCACAGGAUGGAGACAGGCUGCCCGUUCACCGGCUGGCAGCCAAGUCGCUGCUGCUGGAGCUGGAGGGGACCGUGGGGGCCGGGUCGGAGGGGGACCGGCACCGGGCACUGGAGGCCAGCCUGAGCUCGGGGGUCAUUUGCUCCCUCACGGCUUACGUGGGGGUGGACACGGAGCGGGGGCAGCCGGUGCAGGGGCCGCUGGUGAGACGGGACGUCCCGCUGGCAGAUUUCAUCGUGGACUAUAAGGAGAUGAUAGACUGCAUCUCGAUAGGACAGGUCUCAAUAGACAGUAUUUGCGAGCGGCCGGCGAGCAUAGUGCCCAUAGACGAACCGAACCACCGCAGCUUCUUCGGGCGCCUGUCCCGUGCCUUGCGUGUGGCACGGCGGGAACCGGAGGAGUCUCCCUUGCUGAGGCUGGUGUCUCUGCAAAAUGCCGAUGGCUCAUGGGACCUGGACCCCCGGCUGGCUGCCGUGCUGGGGGUGAACAAGACCGACGCCAGGGGGAGGAUACCCAGUGAGGACGUGACCCCCAGUGUCUGGGCCACGGUGCUGGCCGUGGUCUGGCUGCACACCCGGGCCGUGGGGCAGCGCGACGAGUGGGAGCUGCUGGAGGCCAAGGCUGUGGGCUGGGUGCGGGACCGAGCAGGGGCCCUGCUGAGCAAGUGCCUGGAAGCCGCCAACGCCCUGCUGGGCUGCAGCGUUAGCCCUGCUGUCUUCGGGCUCUGA